AAUUGUUGACCCUGUUGAAAUAUAUGAAAUCGCACAAAAUAACAGAGAAUUUUGUCAAAACGCUAGUAAUAUUGAAACCACCAUGUCUUCAUUAAAUAAAUUACAAAGAGAUGGUGAAGAAGGUUUUCAAAAUAAGGAAUAUUACAAAAGCUUUCGUAAAUUCAUUCAAGCUUCAAAUAAAAUAAAAUCAUUUGUAAAUAUGGAUUUUGAUUCUUGUAUGACAAAUUUACAUUUGGCUGUAACUAUUGAAGCAUUGAAAGAUAAUUCAAGUAUCAAAAAGUUGAUUCUGAAGACAUACAAGAUAGAUCAAUAUUACUAG